GGAAUAUGGGAAGUUUACCACCGAGCAAAUCAUAAUGAAUAUUUUUUUUGGAUGUAACGUAUCAUAAGGAAAUUCCUUUAAGACAAAAAGCAUUUUGUUGUAAACUGAGUUCUCCAGAGUUGUAAAUUUGGCAUGGAAUCACUAAAAUUAACACCUCAAGAACAAACAUUUUAUGGAGAAUGUUUCCAAACGUGUGAUGUGGAUGGAAAUGCAAGAAUAAGCAACAGUAGAGCGUCAAACUUGUUUAUUUCUUCAGGACUUAGUACGGAAGUACUUCUUCAGAUAUCAGAACUUUGUGGAGCCAAAAGACUUGGACACUUUGGCCGGAGUCAGUUUUAUAUUGCCCUGAAGCUAAUAGCUGCCGUUCAGAAUGGCUACCCACCAAAAUUGGACAGUCUAAAUACAGGGACAGACAUGCCAUUACCGAAAUUCACUAGGACUGCUGACCAAGAGAAGAGAUUACACAAUGCAGUACCAGGUCAAGAUACAGAAAGACACUCACAACAGUCAGUUCCAAACCAGCAAGCAGUGGGACAACUACCACCACCUCCUGCAUCUAAAAAAUCCCACAUGCGGUCCCAAUCGGGGCAGUUCAGAGGGAUGGUGGACAGAGACCAAGGACCGCCCAAUCCUACUGUGAUAUCACAGACAAGUGGCACCCAUCAGGCAUUGAAUAGUGAGGAAUCAUCAAGUGUCACUACAUCCCCCAGACAAUUUAUUUCUCCUCCCCAGUCCCCUCCCUCCUCUCCACCAGUCACAAACAAUAUCCAAUCAGCUACCAGCAUUCCCUCAGCCAAUCAGAACAGUUUACAUGGUCAUAUGGCAUCCCCAGUGGCCAAUCAAAUCCAUGGAGCACAAGUGAUGAAUUCAUUACAGACAGGUGCUCCUACUGUGAUUACAGGGACUGCCCCCACCAACAUUCACGCUGGGCACCACCAUCACCACCACCACCAACAACAACACCAUAAAAGCAGUUCCAACUCUACACAUGAACUCCUAGAAGGGUGGGCCUCUUUUGAAGAAGAUGAACAUGCAGGUCUGUUAGCACCAGGAUCUAGGAAACCCUAUAAUUUGGAACCACCUGGAUUUGACUCAUCCUCCAUAAGUUCUGAUCCAGAGAGUGUGGAUGAUAUCUGGAGCAUUAAUGAUGAUCAGAAGGAAUAUUACAUAGCACAAUUCAAAACAAUGCAGCCUGAUCUUAACAAGACUAUUACAGGUGCUGUGGCAAAAGAAUUUUUCGAGAAGUCAAAAUUACAUGUACAUGAAUUAUCUAAAAUAUGGCAGUUGUCUGACUUGAACAGAGAUGGAGAGUUAUCUCUAGAUGAAUUCUGUAUUGCUAUGCAUUUAGUGGUUCUGAGGAGACACGACAUAGAAAUUCCAGACAGACUGCCAUUUUCUCUGAUGCCAUAUACCUCAUUUACAAAUGAGGAACCCUUUGCUGUUGAUCACCCUUCAGGGGGAACUCUAAAGAGAGCCACACCCCCAGAAACACCCCCUUCUCACCCCCAGUCUAUUAGUGAAUCCUUGGAGCCUAUAGGACAAGAUGCCUCCUCAGAUACAGCCAGUGAUGUAGCUUCCCCGAGUGUCAAACCACUGAACUUUGCCUCAAUACCAGUGUCUGAGUCGGAUAAAAUUGUACAUCCAAUUGCCAAGAGAGUCUCGCCAGAUCAUCAUUCCGAGCGAGGACGAGCAUUCUCAGAGCCUGCACCUCCUCAUAAUGACCAAUCAGAAUCCGCCACAAAAAAACUCCGAGCAAAAACUGAGUCCAAGCUCAAUUCCUCCCAGAAUGACAUAGAUCUCCUCACCGGAGAUGAUGAAGUUAUGGCUGGAAGUGCCCCACCUGUUCCACCCCCUGUGUCCAGUAGACCGCGACCAGUUCCCCCGAAGAGCUUGGGUCCAGUUCCGGGUAACAUAAGUGGUCUUCUACUCCCUGCCCCCACAUCUAGUCACGGUGAUAAUACAGAUGGUGGCAUAGAACAGGAGCCUCCAGUACCCCCACCACGGCCCACGGGGAGAAGUUUAUCUAUGGAUGCUAGCAAAGGUCUUUCAACACCCCCAGCUGUUCCACCCAGGGCAUCUCCUAAAGAUAGUCCUGCAGCCAGAAAGUCAGGGGAAGUCUCCUUCAGUGCAAUAAAUUCCAAGUUUCACGAGUUCAAGAAGUUUGAAUCCAUUCCAUCAGAAGAGUCACUCAACAAGAUGGCGGGUCUGGACAGUACAGACUCCACCACUUAUAAGGGACAUCUUCAAACAUCUGGACCAGAAGCUGGAGAUUCUAAUGCUGGCAAUGCCAAUGCAUCAAGGGACUCAUCACCGCUAGUCAAGUUUGACGUCCCUGAUGAUGAAGUCGGAGGUGGUGAAACUCAGGUGUCCCUAGAAAUGAAGAGGCAAUUGAGUAGAGACAAAAAAGAACUCCAAAUGGCAAUUAGGACACAUAAAGAGAGGAACUCAACAUUAGAGAGAUUGGGAAGUGAAUUGAACCAAGAACUUCAGGAAGUGAUGGAACAGCGGAUAGCAUUAGAGAUUCAGUUGGAACACUUGAAGCCUUUCUCCAGCUGAGGAAUUUCAAAAGAGAUAUGUUAAAAUCUAGUCGACAUCUUAAGGUGUUCCAGUGAUCAAAAUCAUUCCUUGUGUUCUCUCUAGGAAAAUCCAUAUUCCCAGAUGAUGGCUGAUUGGGGCAUUUGGGCGGUCAUUAUAUUAAAAAUUAUAUUUUUUUUUUCUUCUUGUGGUUCAAAAUGUGUUUACAGCUUUAUGCAUCCUCUGUGUCAGGGAGAGGAUGAGUAGUGGUAAAUUUCAAAAGAAACAGUUGUUUUAUUUUAGAAGUGUUUAUGCUGAUUUUUUUUUUGGUAUCAAAUGCAUUGUAAUCUCAUACAUUAUUUUUUUUCUCUUCAAUUUUUUUUAAAUUAUGACUGGAGAAAAUUUCCUUAAUGAAAAUAUCCCACGGCAGUUGAGGGGACCCUCAUUAAAUAUGUUUCAAGUGCUACAUGUUAAACUUGAUGAAUUUGGUGCAUUCUCUCACUAUUGAUUUAAUCUCAUUUUAGCAGCCAUUUUUUCUUUUUGUUUUUUUUUUUACACUUUGUAAUCUCAUCAUCCAUCGAGAAAAAAAAGUUUGCUAUCUGCAGAGUUACUCAAAAAUCAUUGAUGUUAGGAAGUUUUACAAAUGCUUUUUUCCCAUUUUGAUAUUCAAAGAUUUGUCCAUAUGUAAUCUUCUGCCUUCUUGUAACUUCAGCUUAAAAAAAAUGUUUAAAUAUGAAUAUAAGAGCAGUACAGCAAUAUUUUAUUUACAUUCAUCGUAAUAGUUCACUUGGAAUUCAUGGCUGAUGAUCAAUACAUGUGUACCAUACAUACUUACUGCUACAUGUUUAAUUGGCUGGUAUGAUGGAAUGGUUGUCCCCCCUUCCAUCCAUACAUUACUGCUACGUGUUUAUUUGGCUAGUAUGACGGAAUGGUUUGUCCCCCCUUACUUUUCCCGAUGGCCAAACUUAUCCUUCCGAUAACAAUGCAAUAUGUUUGUUUUCUGAGUAGCAACUGUGUUUAACUGUUACAGUGUAUGUAUGUAGAGAUGAAAAGACUUUAUUUUCCUUAAUAGUCUCUAAGAGAGAACUAGUAAAUUUCAGAUACUUGAAUUCUGUUUCAUUAUAGGGUAAUAGUUUUAUUUACAGCAUCAUUGUUUUAUAUAUAAAGUCAUUCAAUGUUGAUCAGACGGUGCAAUUUCUUCAUUAUUUUAGAUUAAUGGGAAGGUGUACAAUACAUAUAUGACAUACUCAUAUGCUAGCAGUGAUAUGAUUAAAGAUUGGUUUGGUACAAAAGUAAAAAGAAUUGAAAUUCCUUAAAGGGUUAAGAUUCAUCCAUUUUUUUAUAUAAUUUAAGUUGGUAUGAACUAUAUCUAGUCAUCUAUAUACAUGUAGUACAGAUAUGCAAAUAAGUUAAUAUACACAGAUAUGCUAAUAAGUUAACUAAGAAUCAUAGUCAGGGGAGCAUUCUUAUUGCUAUUCAUAUAUUAGUGAUAUAUAAUGUAUUUAAAUAUAUUCUGAUAUACAUUUGGUAUACAAUAUUUUAGAAGAUAUAAAAAUUUUGCAAAAAUAUUGUGGUCAAAGAGAGAUAACUUCUGGUAAUGAAGGAGGAGACAGCAUUUUUAAUUCAGUUGUGCCUGCUUGAAUACAAUACUAUUCUUAACAGACAUAUUUAGUAACAUUUUAUUGGCUGAUAAGUUAAAACAAUACACAUACAUGUGCUACAGUAAAGUCCACUUAUGGCGAGUAAAGAUUGUUAAGUGUUGCAUUUGUUUUUUAAGAGUUGGAAAAAAAAAAACAAAACUAUACGUUAUUUCUGGUUAGAGGAAAUCCUUUUCUGUGGAAUUAAUUAUAAUUGAUGCCAAUUACAAAGCAUCUGAUGCAUUUCUGGGUUGUGAAGCAUGUAAAUAAGGCAAUUAUAACUUAUAGAAGGCAUUAUACUCAGAAAAUUAGCUCAUGUCAGAGAGGGUAAAAAUACAGGACUCAAAUUCAGUCUUAGACUUACCAACAGAUGUUUCAAUGAUGUGUUAUUAUAGAAAACAUUGUACUUGAUCUCUCUGGGUUUAAUCUCAUGUAGAGAAUAUUUUGGUUUACAAAGUGUGAUUGUUUAAUUUGUUUUUGUUUUUUUUGGUGGGGGAGGGGAUGUUUUUAAAAGUAGACUUAAAACUUGUGCAUCUAAGCGAGACUAAUGCUUGUUUCUUUUGGUUAAAAGAUAUGAAUAGCAUUAACAUAAUGAAGAAAUACUGGUUGAAGUUGUUAGAUAAAUUGUGUAAAGCCUAAACUGUGUGAUACUUUGUGUGAAGAGAUGAAUGCUUGUCAAGAGAUACUGUGGAAUAAGUUACACUGUGUUUGAUUUUGUUGCCAUAAUUACUUGUUUCAUUUCUUUCUUUCUAGAGUGUUUAUAGAUCAGAUUGCAGACUGAGUGAAUGUUUUCAAAUGUGUGUAACUUAACAUGUAACAAGUUAAUAAAAUUAUGUAAACAUUUA